AUCUCUGAUUUGUAUUUUUUGGAAACCGGGUUUAGGUUAUGUACCUUAUUUAAUGAAGGUUCUUUUAAAUAACGUUCUUAAAAGUUCAUUAGUAUUAAAACAAUUACAUUUAAGUAGAUUACUUUAUACCUCAGGACAGAGAAAAAUGUCCUCGGAAGUGGAGAAAGCUCAGGCAGCAUCUCCUGAGGAAGAUACUAUUUUCAGCAAAAUUUUGCGAAAGGAAAUACCUUGUAAUUUCAUUUACGAAGAUGAUCAGUGUGUGGCAUUUCACGAUGUCAAUAAACAAGCACCGACUCACUUUUUGGUAAUUCCGCGAAAGCCAAUUUCGCAAUUAUCGAAAGCCGAAGACAAUGAUGAAGCUUUAUUAGGUCAUUUAAUGAACGUUGCACGUAAAGUUGCCGCAAAAGAAGGCCUUGACGAUGGAUUUCGUCUAGUCAUUAAUGAUGGAAAAAAUGGCGCACAGUCAGUUUAUCAUUUACAUUUACACGUUCUCGGAGGACGCCAAAUGCAAUGGCCUCCUGGCUAAAAAAGAAAUAUUUUGUAUUCAAGGAUAAAGAAUUAAUUUUCCGCAAUAAAAUACACUCUUUCAAACUGUA